UAGCUUCAUUGAGGUUGUUCAGUCCCAUAGUGGCAGCGCCAGUGGUAAGCCCUCCGAAAAUCCAAACAAACAUCCAUAGCCUGUUGGUAAAGAACUGUUCUGUUGCCCGAAAGGCGCAGUCUGGUUGAUGUAUUCAGAUUCUAUAUAUGCUACAGUCAGUAUCCAUCGGAGACUAUGCUGCUUAGGAGAAGGUCCAGUGUGUACAGGAGCAAAUACCAGUGAACCCUCAGCAAGAAAAUCACAGCCCUGCAGCUCCAUGUGUGAGAAACUCAUUGAAGAAGGAAAGGAGAGACUCUCUUGACUAUCUUGGAUCUUCAUAUGGAAAAAAGAAGUUGAUUGAGCUUUCUUGAGGAAUACUUUUUUUGACAAGUCAGAAUUUUGCUCAGGAAUUUGUGUUCAUCAUAAGACACAAAGAUCUUUAGACUUCUGGAAGAUUUUUGUUGAGCUUUUGAGCUUGCAUCUCUAUGAAAUCGGAGCUCCACCCUUUAUCUGCUUCAAUCAGAAAACGGCAUAUAAUCAGAUGGGCGUCUUACAAAUGUGAUAUUAAAACGUAUAACGUAUAUAAAGAUAAAAUUGGCAUAAUAAUGUAUCAUCCAGCAGCAUCCCUGUUUCACUAACCCAAACCCAAAAUGACGGCGAUGUAACAUCGGGCUUUGCUUCCUUCACUGUCAUGUGACUUUAAACCAUUGAGCAUUAUUUUUUUCAAACUCGGUCAGUCCGUUUCAUCAGUUUGAUGAGGUGAGCAGUGGUUCUCGGUGACCUCCAUUGCCAAUUAAAGACUCGUAGCUCAUUUUUCUUUUCUGCAUGUGUUUUGGUAGAUCUUAAAAUGAUUCGUUAAAGGGGAGUCGACGCAAAAGCAUACUGGCCCGCAGUGUGGCAGGAUAACACCUGUCGGUUUCCUUCUGUCUGGUGUCAAAGUGGAACUGCAACAAAAUCUGCUGUCCAUUAUCCAGGGCGAACAACUUUCACAGACUGCUUCCUUAUUUCAAUUAUAAAACAACCUGGCACUUUCUGACCGUGGAGGGGGAGGGGGGGGGCGCAUCACCUUUCAAACUCAACUAAUUUAGCCAUCCAGCAUAAAAUCCAAUCGGGCUUUGAGGUUCCUGAUAAUGGCUCCACUGAAUUGGUGAGGGAUUGAGUCUGCUUGGGGAAGAAAAGAAAGAAAUACCUGGAUUGGACCAAGCGGCACACACAAUUCAUCCGAGACGUGACCUCCACACGAGCAGUUUGGAACUCUGAUUCAGGUUGGCGUACUGGUCCUUUUGCAGACCUCUACUUGCCCGGACAGUUUUCUGGAUUGUCAUUCCAGAUCCUUUUUGCAACCUGUUGACCCAUCGUUCAGUGUUUCAUCCUGGACGAAGGGAUCUGCCUCUGGGAAAAGGGGCUGCGCUGUCCUGGAGGAGUUGGAGAGGGAGUUGUCACUGUGCUGCUCCCCGUCUGUCACAGGCCUGAGGAACCGAGCCCAGCCGGACCGAGAGAGGAGGCAGAGGACUUCAGAGCCACAGACUCUGGGAUCCUGGCCAUGAGGUUUGAUGCCUCGAUCCACUGACCGGAAACACUGGACCUAAAUGGCGCAGCAUGACUUUGUCCCUGCCUGGCUUAACUUCUCCACGCCCCAGCCUGCCAAGUCCCCUGCUGCCAACCUUGACAAACAAGGGGAGCCCCACCACCACAGAGACGGCAGAAACGCUGUGAGCCGCCGCCGCCACAACUCCUCCGAUGGCUUCUUCAACAACGGCUCCCUGCGCGCUCCAGCAGGUGACGGAUGGCAGCAGCCCUCUCUGCUUCUGAGGCAUGACUCGGUGGACUCAGGGGUGGCCAAAGGAGGGCACGGUGGGCUGGCUGGGGGCUCCUGUUGGAAGGAAACGCCCAGCUGGCACGGUGCGCCACGGGGGGCCCAGGACGGCCACCACCACGUGCACCACCACCACCACCACCACCAGGGACGCCACCCCAAACGGGUAGGGGUCGACAGGGACAGGCAGGUGGGGCACCGGCAGCGCAACGGCAACUUUCAUCCCCGCAAGGGCCCCUCGUACCCGGACAAGUUCCCCAACGAGGAACGCAAGGACGACAAGCUGAAGUUUGUGGAGGAGGACUUUCCUUCCCUCAACCCUGAAACAACUGGAAAGCCUGCAACUCCGAUGCGAGCAGUGGCUCCCCAUGCUGGAGUUUGGGAAAAUCCCCCUAGUGGCAAACAGAUGGUGUCCAAAAUGCUGGUUAUCAAGAAGGUUUCCAAGGAGGACUCCGGCACGGCCUUCUCUGCCGGGUUCGCCACUGCUGGCCCUUUGCCCACCAAUGGCAGUAAAGUUCCCAUUUCAGGCUCCAGCAUCUACAAGAACCUGGUCCCAAAGCCUGCUGUGGCCCCCACCAAGAGCACCCAGUGGAAAUCCGGUGGGAGAGAGAUCACAAAGUCUGGCCUUCACAUGCCGGGCCGAGAUUCCGUGUUCACCAGCCCCGUCUCUGCAGCCAAACCCAGCCCCCCAGUCAGUGCACCACAGCACAGCAACCCGAAAGAGCACCCUUCCAGCACAACUCCUCCCAUAGACAUUGCCCCGUCGAGGCUGAAGCUAAUGCGGCGCGGCCCGGACCGCAAGAGCGAGUUCUUGCGAGCUUUGAAGGACGAGGGCACUGGAGAGCUGGUGACGAGCAGCAGCCCGGGAACAUCUGGAGAAGGUGAAAGCAGCACCCCGGAGCCCAAAGCCUACAGCGAGGAAGUGUGUCACGAGAAUGGUCUGUCCUACUCGCUCAGUGACUCGGACACUGAACACCUGUCGAGUUCCCUGGAGGCGGAGCACAGGUUGCUGAAGGCCAUGGGCUGGCAGGAGUACCCAGAAAAUGACGACAACUUCCAGCCUCUGACCGAGGACGAGCUGCGAGAGUUUCAGACUAAAACUGAACAGCUAAAGAGGAACGGCAUGCAGAGGAACGGGGUGCUGCUCCCGAGGGCGCGGGGCGUGACCCUCCACUUCACCCCCUGGAGGAGUGUGGCCGAGGAGAACGCUGAGGAGGGCUCUGAGUCCGAAACCAGUAGCAGCAGCAGCCAGACCUCUGACGACGACGACUGCAUCAAAUCCUAACGUGGCUUUACGGAACAAAGAAAAAACAUCCAACAACACAAAUGCCAACAAAACAUCCCAGCAAGCAAAUCCCCCUCUUCCUCUCAUCUUUGUUUUUAGAGCACCGUUUUGUUUUUCUUUUUUUGUUGUCAUUCUUGCACAAGGGAAAAACCAAUCAUAUCCCAGUGAAGGGGGAGAUUCCUGCUCCGCCAGACGUCGUUUUCCCUGCGUUUCCUCCUUCACUGCAGUCCCGGUUCGUCUCCGACCCAGUUCCCCCCCCACCACCACCACCCCUCACACCCCUCCCGUUCUUCCUUUUUCUUCCUCGCUUCGUGGAACUGACGUGUUCAUCAAGAAAAGAAGGGCAAUGAAUGCACACUUGAUUCUGCUUUAAAUGGACUAACUCAUUUCAUUGAUGAUGCUGAUGACACAUUAUUAAUGAUAUUAAUAAAAAUUGGUUCCUGACAAGCUGAUAUGUUUCAAUAUGAA